UUUUCACUAUAAACAGCAGCUCGUGCAUCUAUUAAUAUUUUUUGUCCUACACUUGUUACUCGACGGUAAGUUAAGUUGCUUCUGCUUAGCUUCUAAAUUGAAAAAGGAUCCCGGAUAAAAGCCUACGGGGCCUAAACCCGGGUAUAAACCCAUAGACUUUUAAACAGGGUGGGCUUAUAUUUUCGCGUCAACCUCGUUUCCUGGGCAUUUUUCUUUUAUAAAUGUGAUGGCGACGAUAAAGUUGUUUACCGUCCCUAACAAGUGCUCACGGGCCACGACACCUUGGGGAUUUGGGGGACUCGCGUCAAUGAUAAAUCUUUUAGCAUGAUUUUUAUUAACAAAAAAAGGGUCAAAGUUCUGGGGUUUUACUUGUGCAUGAAGACUCACAUGCCAUAAAUUUUUGCAUUAGCCGCAAAACUUUUGAUGCUUCCUGUUGCUUCUUGUUUAACUUUUCUUAGGACAUUUCCUGAAAAUACAUCUGCUAAUAAAAAAAGAAAACAUUCCAAAUAAAUAAACAAAAAAAAUAUUUUUUUAUUUUAUUUUAAUAUACAACUUAGGAGUUGAAACUGUCGUAAUCAAGCGAAUUCACGUAAUUCUGCACAUGUAAGCAAUUCUAGGUUUUGUAAUUUGACCAUAAAUACCAAUACUUUAUACUUGUAUAAAAAACUUUGGAUCUUUAAAUACUCACGUGUUUAUUUUGCAUAAUCUGCAUAAUCAUGAUUUCGGACACUGCGAUUAUGCUUAACUAUAUUUUAGUUCUGUGUAAUACUUUUAAAUUCCUAAUCGUUUGCGUAAAUACCUGAGUCAGUUAGAUUACUUGUGGAUUAGUUAGUUAUGUUUUAAAAUAAGCGAGACAAACUACAAAAAAGAAGUAACGAACUAUCGUUUCCUCACCUCUAUAAAAAUAUGACUGUUUUUAAAGAGAUUUUGAUUAACAUUUUAGUAUGUUUUGGGUAAGCAAGUCCGAAAUGUUUUUUAAUUGUCUUUUGUACCAACACAACGCAAUCAAGGCGUAAUUAUGUUUUAAUGUUUUUUACUUUUCUGUAAUCUUUCUUGUAUUGAAUCAGCCACUGCGUCCGUCAUUGAUAUUAUUCUUUGAGGAAAAUAAGCGGUCGAAAUUAUUAUUUAUUUUCUAACGGCUUAAGUUAUGCGAAAAGAUCCAAUGUACAUUGGAGAAAUCAAAUCGAAUGUUACGCGUCGGAGGUUAUUUCAAAAGCUAGCCAUUUGCGAACAUUUCCCAUAUUGUAAAAAAUCCUUUCAACGACGACUUUGUGGCAGCAAGCUAAAAAAUACGCGUUGUCUUUGUGUAAAUUGUAGCGCCACAGCUUUAUGUUGGACCCACCCUAACAUCUAGUACAGUAUAUUCCCCUUUGGUCUUACUCUGGGUAACUCGGACAUUCGCUUGGUCAUACGGAUUUCUUUUUCCCCUUGGAUUUAAUGACCCUAACGAAGCCAAAAUACUCGACUUAAGUAGUACCCGGGAUAGCUCGAUUGAUGUUGAGUGUGGUGUUAGUUUUACAUCUAAUAUUGUCUACUUUAUCAUGCUUCGUUAUGUCGAUUCCUUAUGAAUCAAUGAAACAUAAAAAAUAAAUGUAGUUUGCGAAAAAAAAAAUAUGUAACUACUUGUUUUGUUGCUGAAGGCAUAUGUACUGCAAAUUUACUUAUUCAGGUUACAAAAAUAUGCCGACUUUAAAGAUUUGUAAUUUGCUGUUUUUAAUAACACCUAAUUAUUUCUUAUAGUACAUAAGAAAAGCGAGUACAAGUCUUUUAUUGUCUUACAUGGAUAAAGAAUGACUGCGCAAGACUUUUGUUGAAAUCAGUUUUCAUUUCUAAUUUCGAGAAUGAAUUUCACUCGUAAAGGCGAACUCAUUCAACAUAUGACGAUUUUCAAAGUUAAACGAAAUGUCGGAUUCGAACCGAGAAUCAACGAAAUGCAGUUAGCGCUGCCGCUUAAUUCAAAUCCGAUGAGCAGUGAAGGUCAAUCGCAUCAAACUACCUUCUUCAAAUGGACGUUGUCGAAGAUGAAAACAUACAUUUUAUUCGCUCUUAUAUUUUUCUCCGUCACUUUUAUUUAUUAUCACUUUUCAUUAAAGACGCAUGCGCCAUACGACGAUGCAGAAGUUAUCCAUAAUUGUGACUAUUAUCAAAAAAGAAUGUAUGGUUUAGUCUUACUUACCCAGCUCGUACAUGACGCCUUCGAAAAGCAUGGGAUACCGCACUUUCUGCUCUAUGGUUCCUUAUGGGGUCCCUUACGUGGAUUCAAUGGUCCGUUGCCUUGGGAUUAUGACGUCGACUUUGCAACGAUGUAUGAAAUUAACAUAGACGAAAAGGUGAAAUCUGCCAUGAAAGAUUUACAAAAAGUAGGUGUUAAGUCCAGAGCUCGUCCUGUUUCUGGCUCAUACGUAUUCAAAUUAGCCACCAAUGAAGUUGGACCGCAAUUAGACUUGUUUGUAUUUACUAAAAGUUGGUUUGGGUUAGCAAGGCGCGUAGGCUUAGAGACUUAUGUUUUUGCAUUACAUUAUUACUUACAUCAUUCUUUUCCUUACAAGUUUGCGCAUGGCGAACUACCUAAAGUUUCUUUUGCCGGAAGAACUUUUCAACAACCAAAAGGAGGUAUUGAAAUUAUGAAAUAUUUAUAUCGAUAUAACUGGAAUGAAGUUCGAAUGCCCAAACAUUUUAAUUGCACCAUUAAAUACGAAUGAAAGCGUUAACAGUUUCGACCAAUAGAGACUAAUAAAGAAGCUUUGUGAUAUAUUGAGGUUCCUUAACAAUAUAUUCUUUUUCUACUGCUAUGGCUUCACUAAAUAUGUGAUUAUAAGUAUAAUCUUACGGACACCAUGCCCCAUCCUCUUUUUUUUAUGUUUUUUGAUUUAUAUAGAUUAUUUUUUAUAUUUAUAUGAACUAUAUGUAUUUUUAGAUAUGACCUUUCUAAGUUUGUUUGUUAUUAUUUAUAUCUUCAAUUUGUGUGAUUUAAAAAAAAUAUUUUUAAUACAUUUCA